AAACCAACUUUCUAUUUUCAUCAAGCUACCUUAGUAUAUUAUACAUUACAAGGCUAAAGCUUGAAUUUCUUCUCCCUCUUUAUUAAUUAAUCACAAGCAAGAUGGAACAAAUGUGGAUGAUCACAAUGGGGUUAGGGCUAUUACCAAUUGUGGGUUUGGUGAUAUGGUGGUGGAAUGAAAUUUGGUAUGUGUGGCCUAUUGAGGUUAAACUAAGACGCCCAAAAACCCACGACACAAAAGUAACGACUCUACCACCAGGUUACUUGGGCCUUCCUUUUCUAGGCGAAACUCUUCCAUUUCAAUGGUUUUUCAAUAUUGUUCAGCGACCUGAUGAUUUUAUCAAAGCAAAAAUCGACAAGUAUGGAAAGAAUGAUGGACUUUACAGAACACAUUUAUAUGGGUCUCCAAGCAUCAUUGUAUGCGAUCCUUCUUUAUGCAAACAUAUUCUAAACUCAAGUGAGAAUUUCAAGGCUGAAUGGCCAACAAACAAAGUCGUGGGGCGUAAUUCAGUUAUAUCAAUUGAAGGUGAACGUCAUGAUAUUAUCAAGAGUCUUGUUGUAAAUUGUUUCUCUCGUCCUGAUGCACUUGCUUGGGUUAUGCAUAAAGUUCAACCAUGUAUCGUUUCCACCCUUCAAUCAUGGUCCAAAAUGCCCUCAAUCAAAUCAUUUUAUGAGCUUAAGAAGGCAACUCUUGACUGCACAUUGAGAUAUGUUGUUGGUUUUGAAUUCAACACUCAUCAGAUAGAAGAUCUUGCAAAAGCGUAUGAGGAUUUAAAUUUAGGAUUUAGAGCCACACCUAUACACAUUCCUGGAACAUCUUAUUAUCGUGCCCUUAAGUGUCGGGAGAAGAUCGUAAAGGUUUUCAAAGACGAGCUUGAUAAAAGAAGGAUGGGAAUAAACAACAAUGACGAUGCAGCAAAAGAAAGUGUUAAUGAUCUAAUGGAUUCAUUGAUGAAAGCUAAGGAUAUCGAAGGAAAACAUUUGAAAGAUGAAGAGAUCUUAGAUAAUAUUGUAAAUUCUAUUCUUCUUGGUCAUAUUUCCAGUGCUUAUGCAGUGACUUGGUGUCAUUAUUUCUUAGCAAAAUCUCCCACUGUUCUUCAAAAGCUUCGGGAAGAAAAUAUGGCCCUUUUAAAGGAGAAGAAUGGUGAGCAAAUCACAAACGGAGAUAUUCAAAAGCUCAAAUACACAAACAAGGUGGUGGAAGAGGUGCUUAGAAUGGCCAAUCUUUCAGGAUUUCUUUUUAGAAGAGUUACCGAAAAUGUUGAAUUCAAAGGUUAUAUGAUCCCAAAAGGUUGGAGAGUAAUGGUUUGGUUAAGGCAACUUCAUAACGAUCCAACAAAUUUUAAUGAUCCUAUGUGUUUCAAUCCAGACAGAUGGGAGACACGUCCAAAACAUGGUACAUACCUUCCAUUUGGAGGAGGUUUGAGAUUUUGCCCAGGAAGCAUGAUCAUUCGUCUUAUUAUGGCCCUUUUCAUCCAUCAUUUGUCCAUUGGAUACAAGUGGGAAAUGGUGAAUCCAGAUGUAGCAAUCUCAUAUUUGUCACAUCCUUUGCCUGCUGAUGGUCUUGAGCUUACUGUUACAAAACUCUGAACUGGAUCACUAUCAACUAUCAACACUCAACACGUACGGUGAAUCACAUGUAGAACAGAGAAUAAAGAGAAUGAAUCACACAAACUGAUCAAAUGCUCUCAGUUUUAGCUCAACAUGAAAGGAUAUAUAUAUAGUUGCAAAAUAUCUAUUCAGAAUUUGUUGCAAUUUGCAUAGAUAGAUUCUUUAAUUUAAUUCAAAUGUUUACCUUGAAUUGAUUCAGUUUGUACCUGAAAAAUGUACUCAAAAAGAAGAUAUUAUGUAUUUCAUAUUUUAAAUUUAUAAUGAAUUACUUUAUGUAAUAAUGUAAUUUAUUGAUUUACAUUAAUAUAUAGGAAAAAUUACU